AUGGUUUAUUCAAAGCCGCUAAAUAUCCUCGUCGUCCUCGCUCUCUUUUUAUUUGACAAGGGAUUUACUCAAUCAGCAUCUUGGUAUCUUUUGAAAGCAACAGAAGAUACUCUACCUACUGGCAUUGCUACUGUAGAUAGCAAUUCUCCUUAUAUAACUGCAGAUGAUGGUAGUAGUCUAGAUCCAUAUGUUAGCUGCUAUUCAGCAAGCCUGGACGGUGCUCAAACCUGGAGCUUAACAACAGACACAUCCAGUUUAAUCACUCCUUCAGAAUACGCAUUUGGAUUUUGGGUAAGCUUUGAAAAAACUAUUAGUGACAAAAUUUUUCAAUUCGGAUCUGACACUGGCGCACAUUAUAUAGUUCAUAUCCCUUUAUAGAUUUCUUUAUCGAGCAAAAUGUAUUGGAUUCUUGAACGACUAAAACAGAGCCUCUCAAAGAGAUGAGCUCAAUCUCUAUAUCUGGAAGUGUUAGAAAGUGCCAUGUCAAAAAAUGGUGACAAGUGUAAAAAAAGUUGGCAAGUAAACGCGCCGAUUUUAAAAAUGGUUUAUUAUUAAAUUUAAAAUUUAAGAUACGCAAUUAGACUAGGAUUUAUUAAUAAAAAAAGCUUAUUUUAAAGGUCUUAUGAAUUAAUCAUAUUUUUAUUAUGAUAAUAGAUAGAUAAAUAAUAAAUGCUAUAUACAAAUUAUAAUGAUUUAAUAUUUUUGAUUAUUAUUUAUGUAUUUAAAUAUUUAAAAGUGUGAAUCGAGUUGUGCCAAGGCGAAUGGAUAGAAUUUCCUAUAAAUGCACCAGUAUGAUAUAGAUCAAUGUUGCUAUGAAUUUCAAAGUUCCUAUUGAAGGCUGAUGGUUCUUUAUAAAGUUGCUAAAGACUCAUGCCAUUCCUUUAAACUAUUAAAAAUCAAAAAUUUGUGAAUCGAGUUGUGCCAAGGCGAAUGGAUAGAAUUUCCUACAAAUGUACCAGUAUGAUAUAGAUCAAUGAUGCUAUAAAAGCCAAAGUUCCCACUAAAGGCUGAUGGCUAUUUGCAAAGCUCUUAACGACUCAUGUCAUGCACUUUAUACUAUUUGAAAACCAAAAAAUUGUGAAUCGAGUUGUAUAAGGCGAAUAGAUAGAAUUUCCGAUAUAUGUGCAAGCUUUAUAAUGAUUAUUAUGCUAUAAAAACCAAAGUUACCAUUAAAAACUGAUGGCUAUUUGCAAAGUUCUUAACGACUCAUGUCAUGUACUUUAAAACAUUGAAAAUCAAAAAAUUGUGAAUCGAGUUGUGCCAAGGCGAAUGGGUAGAAUUUUCCUAUAAAUGUACCAGUAUGAUAUAGAUCAAUGAUGCUCUAAAAUCUGAAGUUCCCAUUUAAGGGUGAUUGUUCUUUACAAAGUUGCUAACGACUCAUAUGAUUAUUCCUUUAAAACAUUACCAAUCAAAAAUUUGUGAAUAGAGUUGUGCCAAGGCGAAUAAAUAGAAUCUCCUAUAAAUGUAACAGCAUGAUAAUGAUCAAUGCUGUUAUAAAAUACAAAGUUCCUAUUGAAGGGUGAUUUUUCUUUACAAAGUUGCUAAGGGCUCAUGUCAUUAUUCUUUAAACUAUUAAAAUCAAAAAUUUGUGAAUCGAGUUGUGCCAAGGCGAAUGGAUAAAAUUUUCAUACAAAUGUGCCAGUAUAAUAAUGAUUAAUGUUGCUAUGAAAUCCAAAGUUUCCCAUUGAAGGGUGAUUGUUCUUUAUAAAGUUGCUAACGACAAAUUUCAUUCCUUUAAACUAUUAAAAUCAAAAAAUUGUGAAUCGAGUUGUGCCAAGACGAAUGGAUAGAAAUUCCUAUAAAUAUGCCAGUAUGAUAUGGAUCAAUGAUGCUAUAAAAGCCAAAGUUCCCAUUGAAGGCUGAUGAUUACUUGCAAAGUUGUAAAUGACUCAUGUCAUGUAUUUUUUAAUUUUAAAAAUUUAGAUUUUAUUUUCUCUUUAAAAAUAUAAAAAUAUUUUUUUAUUUUUAAAAUGUUUUAAUUUUUAAAAAUAAAAAUUUUUAUUUUGUAUCUUUAAUUAAUAAAUGGGGCUUUAUAUUAGUUUCAUUUUUUUAAAAAUUGGCGCGUUUACUUGCCAACUUUUUUUACACUUGUCAUCAUUUUAUGGCAUGGCACUUUUUAGCACGUCCUGAUAUAGAGAUUGAGCUCAUAUCUUUGAGAGACUCUGUUUUGCUCGUUCAAUAAUCCAGUACAUUUUGCUCGGUAAAGAAAUCUAUAAAGGGGUAUGAGCUAUAUUGUCUCAUCAACUAAGGAUGGCACCUUAAAAGUUUCUUACUUUUCAGACGCGACAACCACUAAUACAAAGUCUAUUGCAGGGAGACUGAUUUUUAUAAUUAGUCAUCGCCUACUUGUCAACUUAUCCCAAAGCUAUCUUCAUUUCGUCAUAUCUUCCCUAAAAUCUAAAAGGUCAUUUUCCAAAAUUAUCUCCCUUUCUUGGGUGCCGUAA